AUGGCAGCUGGAGUCACGGUUCCAGAGAUGCGACCCAACCAGGAACAGUGUCUGUGUUCCGGGGAGCCACAUAAUGUAACAGGAACAGUCAAGUUCUUCUUCCUGGGGCUCUCGGAUGACCCCCAACUCCAGCCUCUCCUCUUCUGCCUGUUCCUGUCCACGUAUCUGGUUGCCCUCACAGGAAACCUGCUCAUCAUUCUGGCUGUCAGCUCGGACCCACACCUGCAUACGCCCAUGUACUUCUUCCUGUCCAUCCUGUCCACAGCCGACACGGGAUUCAUCUCUACCACUGUCCCCAAGAUGAUUUGGGACGUGCAGACAGAGAGCAAAGCCAUCUCCUACGAAGGUUGCUUGACUCAGUUGUGUUUCUUUAACCUCUUUGGCUGCCUGGACAGUGUCAUCCUUGCUGUCAUGGCCUAUGACCGCUUUGUGGCCAUCUGCCACCCCUUGCACUACCCGGUCAUCAUGAACCCCCGGCUCUGUGGGCUGCUGGCUCUGGGGUCUUGUCUUACCAGCCUCUUGGAGUCUCAGCUGAACCACCUGCUCAUGGCCCAGAUGACGUUUUGCUCCACAGUGGAAAUUCCUCAUUUCUUCUGUGACCUUCCUCAACUCAUGAAAGUCGCCUGUGAGAACACUCCUUCCAAAGCCAUCAUGAUGUUCUUUAUCGCUGCCGUAUUUGGUGCUGUACCUGCCUCUGGCAUCCUUUUCUCUUACUAUGAAAUUAUUUCUUCGAUUCUCAGAGUUCCAUCUCCAGGGGGGAAGUCCAAAGCCUUCUCCACCUGUGGCUCUCACCUGUCUGUUGUUUGCUUAUUUUAUGGGACGGGUCUUGGAGUAUACCUCAGUUUGACUUUUUCUCAUUCUCCCCGAAAGAAUGUAGUGGCUGCAGUGAUCUACACUGUUGUCACCCCCAUGCUGAACCCCUUUAUCUACACUCUGAGAAACAAGGACAUUAAGAGGGCCUUACAGAGACUCAUGAACAGAACAGUUAAAUCUUAG